UACUCCGGGGUGGUGCUUAGCCGGCGCCAGACCGACCCUCGACUUCGGAGAGGCAGUGCUGUUCCUCUGGGUGCUUCCUCGUCGGCUUCUUCGGCUUCUUCAUCCUCUUCGGCCUCCUUAGCCGCCGCGGGGAGCCGAGAUCUCGGUGUAUGCCCCACCCCUGACCCCGCUAGAGAUAUGUCCACCCCGGCUCGGCGGCGCCUCAUGCGGGACUUCAAGAGGUUGCAGGAGGAUCCUCCGGCUGGAGUCAGCGGGGCUCCGUCUGAGAACAACAUCAUGGUUUGGAACGCGGUCAUUUUCGGGCCUGAAGGGACCCCGUUUGAGGAUGGAACAUUUAAGCUGACAAUAGAAUUCACUGAAGAAUAUCCAAAUAAACCACCUACGGUUAGAUUUGUCUCCAAGAUGUUUCAUCCAAAUGUCUAUGCAGAUGGUAGUAUAUGUCUGGACAUACUUCAGAACCGUUGGAGUCCAACCUAUGAUGUGUCUUCCAUUUUAACAUCCAUACAGUCUCUAUUGGAUGAACCCAAUCCCAACAGUCCAGCAAACAGCCAGGCUGCUCAGCUGUACCAGGAGAACAAGCGGGAAUAUGAAAAACGUGUUUCUGCGAUAGUAGAACAGAGCUGGCGAGAUUGUUGACCCGGUGCAGCAAACGAAGAGGCUGAUCAUAAGAAAAAUAUAUAUUGAUGUGUUUGUCUCCUUCCUCUUCCUCAGUGUCAUUACAUUUACUUUAUUAAAAGCAAAAUAGCUGUUG